AUGGCUAAUAAGGUCAAAAUUCUGCAAUCAAUCAAUAAUCAGGUGCCAUGGUCUAGUGACCUGGCAGACAAUGGCUUUGGUCCUGAUGCUGGGGCUGCUCUCUCAACCAUGAUUCCCCAAAAUUUUGACAUCCAUAUGGUACCUAGGUACUCAACCUUACUUUGGGAUGCACUUGCUCUUACCAGUCGUAGUGGCCACAUUUCACUGACAGAGUUGAGCUUGCCGCGUGCACAUGUAUAG